AUGCAGCGACCCGCAAAGGGCUUUGGACAUUUCGAUACUAGAGGCUCCAAGAGAUGGAGAUGUGCUCUGGCAACGGCUAAAGCGGGAAUGGCACAUAUAGGAAGCCUUCGAAAUCUCCGACUACAGCUCCUGGGACCUCACUCGGACUUCACAGCAUCUAUUCUAUCGCCACUCUCAAACGCAGGCAAAAUGUUCACCAAGCUUCUCACAUUGGCAUUCGCUGCCACAUCUCUCGCGACUGCCCUUCCCCAAAGCGGUGAUCCCGUCGACUAUGGUCCCAUCUCCGGACCAUAUUUGCCCAAUGGCACCGGUCCAGGUCAAUGCACCAGCGACUAUCGUCUCCGAGGAGCAAAGCAAAUCAUCUUCGCCUACAAUCUCGUAGAACCGGGAGAACGAUUGCCAUACCUACAUGUAACUAGAAUAACAUACCUACCUAGCAACCCCAACGGCGGUCCCGCAAUCCCCGUCGCCAUAGACCGAACAACAACCUACGACUUCGCUCUGGGCACCCGCCAGCUCUUCUCACGAGUCACCGGUCUGUACACAGACUACAACAACGGCACAACCAUCAUUCACACCAACGUUACUCUCGGUGUGCUGCACAGUGUCGCGAUCCCAGUCACGUUCUAUGCCGACGUCUACUUGUUCUAUGACCUUGCGGACUGCUUGAUGCAGAAAAUCCAAGCUUUUGCAACGAUUCCCACUCAAGUUGGAGGUGUGGAGAUUUCGCCCCCGAUUCUUCCGCAGAUCUUCCGCAGGCGAGUUGGGGGGGGGGGGGGGGGGGGGUUCCUACGAAGAAGAUUCAAUGGGAUUCUUGUGCAACUGAUCUUGGAUUUAUGUUACAUCGAAUGCAGGAUAUGCACAACUACCAGCCGGCCGCUCCGGAGGAUCUUGCCCGUCCCAAUAUGCGCUGUGGAGCUCCCAGAGAACUUCGAAAAUGAUGAUCUCAAAGAUAUGGUCGCGAAGCUCACGAGCACAGCUCUGAUUUCGAGCAACUGGAAACGACACGGCUAUGAACUACAUGCAGGUGUAAGUGUUCUCUUUCCCGAAGACCUACAACUCUUUUGUAUGGAUACUGGCUGCGUUUCUGGCAUAGACAUUUCAAGAACGAACGUUCCCUUGGCCACAGCAUGCUACCUCGAUGAGGCUUUGUCUCACCCUAAGACAUUCGGCUGUCGAGUAACAGCCUCAUACCGUCUCUGUGUUUCUGCGGCUUUGUCUCGUUUCAUGCGUCUUUACUCACUCCUUUCACUUGGCCCUCACCACCUAACACUCGAGGUGAACAGAAAUGCCUUCCACGUCCAGGAAACCAAUACCACAGAUCUCAGAACAUCCCGAAAAUCCAACCAAAAGCAGCAAAUCUUGGACAUCAUGUCUGGUCAAGGUUUCGACAACACUUCCAACUACAACUUCGACCAGGUCGACCCAGACUUGCUCGAGGCCGCGAACGCAUUGGACGAGCAUGGUAUUCCAUGGAACCUAGACUACUGUCUCUUUUGCAACGAGCCACGCCUUGGACCACAUGCCGCCGACUGCCCUCUGCAACAACAACACCCAGCACAGAUCCCAAACCAUGCAUAUAUUGGCGUGCAAUCGUACGGAGACACUCAAGGCAUGAUUGCCACACCUACCCCAGUCCGAACGGGUGAUAUGCCCGCUGAGGAGGUUCGGGAUGCUUACGCUCCUCCCACUCAAAGCGAAGAAAACUUGAUGCAACCGUUAGGACCAGUCAGGUUGAACCCCUACAGCUUUGGUCAGCAGCCGCCGAGUCUGGCAGCUCCCAUGUUUACAUCACCACUGCAGUAUGCUUCAACACCGCAACCACUACCCACCACACCUGUUCCUCCCGAUCAAAUCGCAUACACCGGCUACUUCAAGUCCUUUGCCGAAGCCCAAUCCGCCCUCCAACCCCAGCAAACCGACCCAAUCCUGUCCCUCAACAUCCCAAACGACGACUGGCAACAAAUCAAGACCCCCAACAUCUUCCACACCUACGCCUCCCGUCUCCUCUCCGCAAUCCAACAAAUCCCAACCUCAGCCCCAAAACUCCUCACCUCUGACUUCGCACGCCAAUACUACUUCGACCACCAAUCCAACACCUUAACCAGCAUCCUCAACGCCCUAAAAUCCAACCCCAUUGUCGCCGAAGCUAGGAUCCUCGUGUGUCUUCAAGAAGUACUCGACAUUCAUGAAUUCGGUCUUCCCGCUUCCGUCCUCAAUCGCACGAGUUAUAAACAAGGGUAUAAAAUCGAAGGGGGCAUGCUUUGCUCCGAACGUUUGGAGAGAGUCAUUUACGGAGCCUUGAACGACAAAUACAUCGCCCACGAUAUUCUCUCGGGACUCAAUGUCAAAGACUACGUGAGAAGUCCGAACCGGUUUUUACAGAGGAAGCAGGAGAAUUGUAGGGUUAAUUCUAAGAAGGCGCUGGAUAAGAAGACUUUGGAUCUCAGUAUGGGGAGGCAGGAUGAGAGGAAGGGGAAGGGGAAGGUUGAGAUUAGGAAGAAGAAUAGUGUUGCGACUAAGGGGAGAGGGGAGAGGAGGACUGAGUUGUUGGGGGAGCAGAUUCCACUUCCGGAUUUUGCGACGGUGUUUACGCCGAAUGAGGAUGUUGCGACGCCGGAUACGAUGGUUGCUGCUACCCCGAACUCCAAUGCUGAUAUCGACUUUGCUGGACAGGGCGAUCUGGUCCUAGGCAAGAAAUUGGGGGGUUUGAAAUUCGCUGUACGGCAUGGACAAGGAUUGCAUUGGGACGGGACGGGAGAUCUAGACACGAGUAGAACAUACAUGUCCCUGUCGGCAAACUACAACGAGCCCCGAAGGAAACGAAUAAUGACUGGAAAUCUCACAGUCUCGAAGCUCACUUCAAUGCCGAAGACCAUCAUGAGUCUAACGCUAUGCACGAUCAAUCCAAGCCCUUAA